AGCAGGACAAGGUCCUGUCUUGCUCUGAUGUGCAUAACUUGUAAUGGCAUCUGGGCAGGAACACAUAACAGCUCGUUGGGAAUGGGGGCAUCAUCUCUGGCUUCCACGUUUGGGGAUGUUGGGUGCAGACCUCACACAGACCUAAGCACUGCCCGAAGCUCAAGUAGCCCACGUACAGGAGUCGUACCAGCUGAUCCAAGCUUCCUGCAGCCAUCCUGGAAUACAAGUCUUGGCUCGUGGCCGGCUGUCUAGCAAUCGCAACUGGAACCUCACACCAAAAGGCACCAUGAUAGUGAUGAGUGACGUCACUGCAGCCCCCAGACUGGGGUCAACUGCCACCACUCCAGCUGUGGCUCCCAACUUCUCCUGGAUGCCAGAGGAUGGCAGCCCCACAGCUGUGGAGCAGCCAAUAUUCCUCAUGACCACCGCUGCUCAGGCCAUCUCAGGUUUCUUUGUAUGGACAGCUUUGCUCAUCACCUGCCAUCAGGCUGCUGGAGGCAAUCAAGAGAUCUACAUGCAUCUUCGCUGCUAUAGCUGCCCAAACGAACAGCGCUACAUUGUUCGGAUCCUCUUCAUUGUGCCCAUUUACGCCUUUGACUCAUGGCUCAGUCUCCUGUUCUUCACCAAUGACCAGUACUAUGUUUACUUUGGCACAGUGCGGGACUGCUAUGAAGCCUUUGUAAUAUACAACUUUCUCAGCCUCUGCUAUGAGUACUUGGGAGGGGAGAGCUCCAUCAUGUCUGAGAUCAGAGGGAAACCAAUUGAGUCCAGCUGUGUAUAUGGGACUUGCUGCCUGUGGGGAAAAACCUAUUCGAUUGGAUUCCUGAGGUUCUGCAAACAGGCUACCCUGCAGUUCUGUGUGGUGAAGCCCCUCAUGGCGAUCAGCACAGUCAUCCUUCAGGCCUUCGGCAAGUACCAGGAUGGGGACUUUGAUGUAACCAGCGGCUACCUCUACGUGACGAUCAUCUACAACAUCUCUGUCAGCCUGGCACUAUAUGCCCUCUUCCUUUUCUACUUCGCCACACGUGAGCUGCUCAGUCCCUAUAGCCCAGUCCUCAAGUUCUUCAUGGUGAAGUCUGUCAUCUUCCUGUCCUUCUGGCAAGGGAUGCUGUUGGCCAUCUUGGAAAAGUGUGGUGCCAUCCCCAAAAUCCACUCUGCCACCGUGUCUGUGGGUGAAGGCACCGUGGCUGCUGGGUAUCAGGACUUCAUCAUAUGUGUGGAAAUGUUCUUUGCAGCCAUCGCCCUACGCCAUGCCUUCACCUACAAGGUGUAUGCGGACAAGAGACUUGAUGCCCAAGCUGUUCCAUCAUAUGGGCCAUACGGUCGCUGUGCUCCCAUGAAGAGCAUCUCCAGCAGCCUCAAGGAGACCAUGAACCCCCACGACAUUGUCCAAGAUGCGAUCCACAACUUCUCUCCAGCCUACCAGCAGUACACCCAGCAGUCAACGCUGGAGCACGGUCCACCCUGGCGCAACGGCAGUCAUGUUAUCUCGCGUUCCCACAGCUGCUCGGGUGCCCGUGACAACGAGAAGACCCUCUUGCUGAGCUCUGACGAUGAAUUCUAGGAGGGGAAACUGCCAGCACAGGCUGUCAUUUUCUUCCUUUCGUUGUUUUUAUUUUUUUUUAAUUUAUUGAAGCAGAAACACGCAAGUCAUAUCACUUCCUAGAGAGUGCAGAUUGCAGAAGUGGGCACUUCCCAUUAGCUUUUGUGGGUACAGACAUGAUGAGCAGUGUGGAGGUUGGGGAAUGGCCAGGACUCCACUCUCAAGCCCGUUCCUUACAGCAGCAAUUGACUGGAAUUAAUUGCAGCAAAGCUCCAGGGUUUGGGGCUCUGGCCUCCCACACCUGCACAGCUUGGUGUGGAGCGUGACUGACCAGAGCCUGGAGUUGUGGCCAAAAAUGUUUUUGGUUUUUGUUUUUCCAGCUGGAUAACCUGACUGAGUUGUAUUCCUUUUCCUGAAUUGUUGACGUAGGCACAGUUUUCUCCCCCAGCUCCCUGGUACUAACAUCUCUGUGAUCUUGGGAAAUGGGAUUAGGAUGCAGCGAUAAGAGUUCCUGAUGACCAGACCAGAGAUUGGUCUCUCUACAGCCAUUGCCUUGAAUCCUGAGUAAGGAACAUCUGCCCCCACCCUCCUUAAGCACCUGGUUGUGCAGUCCUGUACUUGAGUGAGUGAGGGGGAAAAGGACAGGACUUUCUUCCUUGUUCUGCUCCCUGCAUCUCCCCUGCUCCUCGUCAAAGCUGAUGCUUGUUGAAGCUCAGCAGGGAUGGCAUUACUGUCUCACAAGAGUGGGGUUUUCUAAUCACCAGGUGUCCAAGCUUCCCAUCUCCCCUGUGUUCCCGUGGCAAGAAGCCUCUCUGGAGUGUCUGUCUCCUGCUAACAAGACUAAGGACUGGCCAUGAUGGGUUCUAGAAGUUUGUAGAGCUCUGGCCCUUUCAUCCCUCAUUGGGAAAGGAAGAUACGUCAACACUAAAACAUUUUUCCUUCUUGUUUCCUGUCCUCCACUGACAUAAAUGCCCCUCUUAAAGGUGUGGGUUGCACCAGGUAGCUGCCAGAGCAGGUCCUGGUCUCGCAGGUAGCUCUCCACAUGCUUAUUGUCACUGACUUCCCCUGCGAGCUGCACGAGUUUUGCCCUUGGGCUGGAGUAUUCAGAAAGGGAUGUUGUACGUUCCUCCUCUGCUUUUUAUCUCCACAAGCUGUUCUGGGCCAAACUGGAGCAGACUUGGAAACCUGACAUGACCUGGCUGGUUAAAAUUGUCCCUCUUUCCGUGAGAAACUCCUGGGCAGCAGUUGCUGCUACUGCUGCACAUUUCGCAGGCCCUGCAGCAACUGCAAUGCUAUUGAGGGUGGAGCCAGCAUCCAUGGGAGUGGGAAAAGAAGCUUCCCUGCACUUUUGUUGGGGUUUGGAUUAGGUGUUUAGUGGAGCCAAAAUAAAAAUGAUCCCUCUGCAGUUCUAUCCAGGGACCAGGAAAUGCCUCUUAAAAUCAUCUAGGGGAGGAGAAGGGAGCACACUCAAGUGCUACGGAUCCUUACCCCCAAGCAGGGAGGAAAAUGGAGAGGUUGGAGCAAGCUGCUGUGUUCUUCUUGGCUGAAAUUUCUCUGUUCCUCUCCCACUUGAUGCCUACCCUGCCAUCAGCAGAGCUGUGCGUUUCCAGACUGCCCCAUGUUGCUCUGCUAGGAGAAACGGGGUGUGGUUUACUGCCUGGAGUUUACCUUUCCUCUUGUAUCCUAAUCGAUGUGCUUGCUCAUUCACUUUCUCAGAAGUGACUGUGAGGGAAGAGCACCUCACUGCCUCACGUGUGGUCAGGAGUGGGGGGCAAGGGGCUCGAAGAGAGGGUGGGUUUGCUCCCUGCUGUGAGGAUAAGAUAGGGGAAGGCUUAAGGACACUGUCUUCUUCCGUACUCACGGUGUCCGGGGAUAUGGUAAAGCAGGGGGGAGCGAUGGUGCUGACUCCUGAAGGAGCUGGAGGCAGGUUCGGGGGAUCCAGGAAGCUUCUCUGCUGCUGGAUUUCCCCAUUUGCACACAUCCUGUGAUGCCAUGCAGUUAGUUACUGCUUUUCCUAAAUCUGUCACUGCUUAAGUGGACAUGCAAACGCUGCCUGCCGGGCUUUGUGUGGGCUUGGCUUAAGGCUCGCUUUUCCUCGUGCUGUAAGGCACCUGGAAAGCAGGGCUGAAGAUCGAAUGGGCUUUCCUUCCAUCUUCUGUGGCUUUGAUUAAUAAGUCCUUCAGUGUGAGGUAUUUAUGUUAAACUUCCUCUCCCUCUUAGGAAAGUGGGCCAUGUGACAUGAUCUCUUCCUCCCCUUUCCUUGCGUUUGCAGGCCUCGAUGAUGCCCUGGUGUCACUGAAUUGGUGACUGUCCCCAAUCUUUGUUGUGUUGGGUGGCUGAGAUCUCUUGUAUUGCCCUGUUUGAGCUUGAAGGUGAUCCAGGCUUGGGGAAGCAGGUUUUUUUUUUUUUAAAUCGUUUUGAAAAGUAUGCUGCAUAUAUAUGCUGUGCAGAGGAUCUGGAUAUUCUCAAAGCUUCCUGUACGUAGUGGGUUCAAGUAUAAUCCUUUUGCACUAGCUGCCUUCAGAGAAGCCCGGUGAAGAACCAGUGCCCGAACAACAGCCGGCUGCCAUGCGUUAUUAUUUUAUAUACCUGUAUAUUUUUUAACACCGUGAAAAAUCACCUCUGAGCUUUCUGCUCUCCCUCACCGCAGGCAAGUGCCAGAGCAAGGACUGGCUCUGCAGCCACUCUGGCUUAGAGAUCUUAUAAGACCCAGAGCUCGAGACCAAGGAAGCCAAGGCAUCUGUGGUCUUGCAGGUCUGCUCGCGGUAGCCCAGGGCGCCAACAAACAUGUUGGUUCCAGGAGUGGGCCCUUGGAGCUGCUGUCCCUCACCUGCUUCCCCUCUCUUUCCUUCCUUCUUUUUGUUUACCAUGUAACAUACCCAUGGGAUUUGUUUAUUAUUUUUCCAUAUAGCGUAGUUCUUUGUAUAUAAAUGACUGAAAAAAAAAAAAAAUGUAUGAUAAAUAAGACAGAGUCACCUAGUUUUGUACCUAUUGUGUUUAACUGAUGUGAGCUCAGCGACAAGCCGCUCUCUAUUUUGGUCUUUGUGACGUUAUACUCUGCAGAAAUGAGCAAAUAUGAUGACAAAUAAAAAUAUAGAGAUAAUAUAGAUUGUA